GAAUGUCAUGUAUUCCCCUAACAGGCUCCUGCAGCAGAUGCAUUAAAGGCCAGUGGGAAGAUGCCUGAAGGUGGAAGAAAACUCAACCCACUCCAGAAGAGCAAAGACAGCAGUGGAAUUGGCAAAGGCGACCUGCAGUCUACCUUGCUGGAAGGGCACGGCACUGCCCCACCUGACCUGGAUCUCUCGGCCAUUAAUGACAAAAGUGUGGUCCGGAAGACUCCACAGUUAGAAAAAACGAUGUCAAAGAAAGCUGAGUCAUCAUCAUUUUCUGCCUCGAGGAAAAAGAGCCCAGAUCUCUCCGAAGCGAUGGAAAUGAUGGAAUCCCAAACACUACUCCUGACUCUGCUGACCUUGAAGAUGGAAAGCGGUCUUUCUGCAUUCGAAGAAAAGGCAGAAAAGAAUUUAUUAAUAAUGUGCAAAGAGAAGGAGAAGCUCCAGAAAAAAGCCCACGAGCUGAAGCGCCAAUUUCUCCUCUCUCAGAGGAAGCGGGAGCUGGCAGAUGUCCUGGACGCGCAGAUCGAGAUGCUGAGCCCCUGUGAGGCCAUAGCCGGCUGCUUUAAGGAACGAUACAAGACGUUUGCGACGGCCCUGGACACCACGAGGCAUGAACUGCCCGUGAGAUCGGUCCACCUGGACGGAGGCGGGCAGUGCUUCUUAGACAAGUUGCAGGGGGAAUUGACGACCACAUGCCAUCUGCUGGGAGAACUUGGCAUCAGCAGCUCAGAAGAAAACGUGAAGGCCUUGGACCUACUGAGGGAACUCAAGGAAAUGAUCCAAAAGAAGGAUCUGGAGCUCCAAAGGAGCUUUACCCAGGUUCAGGAACUCUCCGCCGAGGCGAGUAAAGAGGCAGCCUUAAUCAACCAGGAGGCCUGGGAAAAGGCCCAGGGCCCCAAGGCCCCCAGCCAGUGGUAUUUCAAUCCUGAGGAGGCCACGGGUGGGGAAACUCAGGGAGAGCUAAGGAGCCUGCUCCUUUCGGGCCACGACGAGCUGUGAAUCCACACACGGGCUGUGUCCCCAACUGGAGUGGGGACCUUCCUGCACACCAUGGGGAAGGAAGCACGUCCUGUGCCCCUUGUUCGGGGUAGGGAGAGGGGGUGGGCCUGCAGCGACCCACGUAUGAUGUUCUGGAAAAUUGAGCACUUUAUACACUUAGCCUAGCCAUAUAGUUAUUGUUUUGUCUGAUAAUCUCGUUUGAUAAUUUAACAAAUAAAACCGUUUUGCAGUUGAGCCUUGAUUUCUCUGUAAGGGGCAGUGGAAGGCGCGUGUUGUCCCAACUUAUUCCAAAGAGCUGGUCCUGAGCCUCAGAACCUCACAGACAUUAUGAGUCCAGUUGACCCUUGGACGCUGGGUUUGAAUUGCAGGUCCACUUAUAUGUGGAUCUUUUUCAGUGGUAAAUACUGUAGCACGACACAAUCCGUGGUUGGUUGAAUCCACGAUUUAUAACUGCGGAUACAGAGGGCAGACUAUAAGUUCUACACAGAUUUCGACUGCACAGCCCCUAACCCUGUGUUGUUCAAGGGUAAACUGUAUUUCACUUUCAAGAUGAUUUCAUGUCCUUCAGUCACAGGGGAGUUCUGUUCAAUAACCCACAGCAAGUUCAGAGUUGGCCCUCAAAUGGAAAUUCCCCAUCCAGUCCAAAGUUCCAGUGGCCAUCCUUGGGGGACGCCUACGCGGUUUUGCCAUAGCUGCGAUCUACACUCCACUCGGGACUAUGGCACAGAGGAUCGGUCCAGCCCACUCUUGGGCUUCUGUCUACACCACGUGGGCCCUGGCAGUCUUCCUGGUUCCCAUGGAGCAUGCCUCCGUUGACAUCUACCAGUUCCCAUCUACAAGCAACUUUUUGACACUACACCCCAUCCCACUAUCAGUAGUUUCUUGGUUCGCCUGCCCGCAUGUCAUGUGGAUUACCUUCCCGGUGACCGGAGGCCUAAGAGGCACUCUGUUGUCCCCACAUAACUUUUCCCUUCGUGGGCUGGUGGCCAAAGCUCAGAUCUAUAGAAAUCUGACCUUGCUCUGGCAGGAAGGUGUGACCCAACAUUCUCUUUAAUUUCAUUAGAGCUACUGCUCAUAACAAUAGCCAGAGGUUAGACUUCACCAUUUUUCUUGUUUAUUUGCAUUUCCCUAAGCACCAGUGGAGUUGGAUCCAGCUCUACAUUUCAAUGGUAAAUUUUAUCUUUAACUGAUGGCAGCUAAGCUGACAUUCACCCAAGAAUCCAAGGUUCCUCACCCCCCACAACUUUCAUCCUUUCUCUUCCCAACCCCCAUGUUUCCAUGAGCCAGGGCCAUUCUGGCAAAUCCCACAUUCUCUGACCUCGGUUGUACGGUGGUUUCUGAGUUAGUGUUUAAUGGGGACAGAGUCUCAAUUUUGCAAGAUGAAAAGUCUGAAAACGUCUCAGUUUUGCAAGAUGGUUCUGAUGGUUGCAC